AUGGGUUCCGAAGAUGAUGAUAAGAAGCACAUGGAGAACCACCAGCAUGAGUUCGCUCAUGAUAACCAUGACGACUGGGAGACUCAGCCUCCAUACAUGAGACCCGAUGAAGCUACCGAGAAGCGAGAGAACUUUGAAAAGAAAGUUCACGGGUCUUGUCACUGCGGACGAGUUCAGUACUGGCUGAACAGCGACAAACCUCUUGCUUCCAAGUAUUGUCAUUGCAUCGACUGCAAGAAAAUCCACGGUGCUCCUUUCCAAUGGGCUGCUAUUUUCAAGAAAACCGACCUUGCGUUUGAAAAUGGUGUCAAGAACCUCCGUUUCUACAAGACCUCAUCCAAGAAGAACGAGCACGUCCUUCCUUGCAAAGUCGGCUGCGCCGAGUGCGGAAGCUGGAUCAUGGACGAAGGACGAAACAUGGUUCUUCUCUUCCCUACACUCCUAAACCUCGACACUCCUCAGCUUCGAGAAAACUUCCAGCCUCAAUGCCACAUUUUCUACAAAUCACGAGUAGUCGACAUUCCUGAUGGAAAGGACAAGUGGACGAAACUUGACAAGGAUAGUGAGCUCAUGAAGGAUGUGGAGUCUCAAAUCAUCGCUCCCUUACGCACAGCUGUGAAGCCUUCUCUAAUCAUCAUCCCCGGCAACUUCAGCCUCCCACGUUUCUGGAGCACGAUCCAAAAAUCAGUUCAAGACAAGGGAUAUCCCGUCGAAGUAGUCGGUCUCAGAUCCUCACGGGAAGAACCUAUCGAUCCAGCACCAGGUUUAGCUGAUGAUGUAAAAGAAGUUUCGUCAGUACUUAACAAGCAUAUCGAUCAGGGCAAGGAUGUAGUGCUUCUUAUGCACUCUUAUGGAGGAAUGGUUGGGACGGAAGCUACACGCGGCCUGAGCUGUGUUGAGCGGGAGAAAAAUGGUUUGAAAGGAGGGAUUGUUCGGAUGGUGUUCUUGGCUUCUAUUUUUGCGCCGCCGGGGAGAAGUACUCGGGGGUUGUAUGAUGCUAAUCCCGGUCGCUAUCCUCGCAAAGAAGGCGACUAUCUCUUAUGUGACGAAGACACAGCAAUGUGCUUCUACAGCGACCUCACAAAAGAACAAGGCCUACCUCUAGCUCAAGCCGCAUCCAAACUCUAUCAGGCCGUCCGGGUGUUCGGCGAUGAACAGACCUACGAUGGAUUCCAUAAGCUCAUCCCAUCAAGCUGGAUCCUCACUAAGAAGGAUAUACUUGUACCAGAAGCUGCCCAGGAGAAGUUUAUAUCACAGCUUGAGGAGCAUGGUGGUCGGAGUGUGCCAGUCUUCGAGCUUGAUACAGGCCACUCGCCUCAUCAGACGAACCCGCCACUGUUGGUGGAGACUUUAGACAAGAUUCUCGAGGAUUUAUGA